AUGGAAGGGAUCCAAACCAAACUCAAGGAUGAUGUACCCAGCGAUGCCAGCUCCACCAUCAGACCGUACGAAGUCAAACCGCGUGACGUGGCGGUGAUCUCCAGUCCAAUCCACAAUUUAGACGCAAGACUCACAUGUGCAUAUUCCCUCUACAAACUCUCGUGUCAAUCCGGCUGCGAAAUUGCUAUCAUUGAAGGUGGAGCGAUCGCACAAAUUGCUGAUUUUAGUGACGCAGAUGACCCGAAGUUACUGCGAUAUGCAGCCUCUGUUCUCGUCAACAUUACCACCGAUUUAUUAGUUCUGGAAGAUUUCACGGCCAAAGACGGCGUAGCUACACUACUGGAGCUAAGCUGGGUACCGCUGGUCGACGUAAAAGUUGCUUGCAUCACAGCACUUUGUCGAUUGUCACAGAACCGAGCCCGAGCCGCGCUAUUAGUUCGUCAUCAGGCGAUCACCGAGAUCAUGGCAAUGCUUAUUACCCCGCACAUCCCUCUGCAACAACUAGCAGUGACUUGUGUUGUGAACCUCAUUUUCCAUGGCCAUAUCUUUCCAGACCGGGUAUUCCUGGGGGACCCGCAUGCAGUUCAAAGUCCGCUUGGACUCUUGAAUGUCGUGAGUCAGCUGUCCGCUUCGCCUUCCACCUCUCAGUUUGCGAUUGAAACUCUGUUCAACCUCUCACUGUACCGAGCCAGUUGCUUGAGUGCGCUACGUGCAGGAGGAGCUGAGAUUCUGUACACUGUAGUCAGUCAACUCUGCAAGCUCGUGGAUGGCAACACUGGUGGGGCUAGCUCCAGAUUUAUGUACAAUACCGGCGUUCAAGCACCUGGGUGGACUUCUGAUCUAGGCGUUUGUAUGAAGUUGCUGGGCUUGGCAGCCGAGACACUAGCUAAUUUUUCAGCGUUUGUGGAGUAUCACAAUGCUGUUGGAUCUCAUGGAAUUAAGUCGCUGAGUUUGAUGCUGUCUGGCGCUUUGCGCGACGUGGGGAACCUGAACACUAGUGUCACAAACGUGGACAGAUUCCGCUGCACGACGGUGUCGUGUUCGAGAGCAUUGGUCAAUUUCUCGAGUAACGCUGAGCUACGACGACAAAACUUCGCUCCCGAGUUGAUAUACCUGGCUACGAAGCUGGCGUUAAUGGACCAUCAGCGAUAUGUGGCGCCGCAAGACGCUCGAGUAUUGCUGCGUAAUGCCGUGCGCUCAUUGUGCAACUUAAGCUUCGAAGCGACCUGUCGAUCCGUUAUUAUCCCGAUCCCGUACGUGCUUACAAUGCUCAACGCCCUAAUUAAUCUGUCGGAUGCUGAUCCAGUUUGGUACUUAACCUCGUCUUACGCAACGACAUUUCCGUGGACCGCAGAAAUGUCGGAAGAUGUGAAGGAAGACGCGCUUGUUACGCUACUAAGCCUCGCACAAGAGGCGGCGUGUGGUAAUGAGUUACUUCGAACGUUAGAUGGGAAACUCUUAGCAGCAGCAGCAGAAGACACGGGGCACUCGAGAAGACUCCGGUAUAUUUACGCAUUGGUAAUUUCAAAUCUCCUAUUCGACAAAUAUCUACAGCAAGUUGUGUACGGAGACCAAAAGGAGCAGUACCAGGCGUUGAAUUUAGCAUUUGACGACGAUCGAGAACGAUUCCUGGCUUCAAUUUUCCACGUCGCCAAUGAACUCAUGGACAGUACGAAUAUCGAACUCGUGGUGGCGCUCGUACUUCCUUGCUUGCGAACAUAUAUGGACCUGACAACGUCGAUACUCUCGAGCGCUUCUACAUCACAUCCACAGCGUCUACAGCUACAACGACAGCUACCGAUUGUGUGUUACGCCUCUGCGGCUUUAUUUGCGUUGACGCGAGCUGCAACGCAACACCGCGUCACUCACAAGCACUUUAUCCAGUCGGACGAGGUCGAAGCGAUGCUCAUUGCAGCUUUCUGUGCUGCUACGCUGUAUCACUUGUGUGCGUCUAACUCCGCCAACCAGCGCAUCCUUCGAGGGCUGAUUAACUGCUGCAACUCCAUCGAGGAAUGCCAAGCUCUACUGGCCUGUUCAGCUGCCUUUGCCAUCACUUCAUUUACGGCUGAAGGAUGUCAGCAACUUGUGGAGUGUGAACACUUGGCAAGAGCAUUCAAUCGCCUGGGACGAUCCAGUCACGUCGAGUGUCAGCAGUAUGCAGCUAUUGCCGCUUGCAAUGUAUCGACAGUGGCGUGUGUCUGGUCCUCUGCCGAACUCAAGGACUUUAUCGUGGUAGCUUUACUACGGGCGAACUCCAUCCAGACCAAGCAGAUCCACGCCAAGACGCUGUCGAACUUACUGUCGCAUGGGGAUUCGAGAGCUAAAGUCGUCGACGAUGGAGUUCUCAUUGGAUUACGCGCACUUUUCAACUUAUCGUGUGACCACCAGUAUCAUUCCAAGCUCCUCUCGAACGGGAUCAUGGCGUAUCUGUCAGCUGCAAGACAGUGUGUAGCUGGGCAUCUGAACGUGGAGAGUAGACGGCUGGCACUUACCAUCAUUUGCAACUUGACGAGCUACGAAGGAAACCACAAGGAGCUCAUUCGAGCACAAGUGACUGAGAUCAUUUGCAGCUACGCAGAUGCAGACAUCGAGUCGCGCGUGUCAGCUGCCAUGGCUCUGAGGAACUUGAGCUGCUGUCAGCCGUGGGUCGAGAUGCUUUGUGAGCGCAAGAUACUGCAGCUGCUCAUUUUCUGCAUGGAAUGCGAGCACCCAGCAGCUCGUCAAUUCGCAGUCGAGGCGCUUGCGAAUUGCUCGUUAGUGAUCGAUUCUCUGCACCUUUUUGGAGAAAUGCAGGUCAUACGAGCGGUGAUAGUGCUGCUUGACGCUACAGCUAACGAAGGGGAGACUGCGCCAUCGGUAGCCAUUUCCACUUAUAUGGCUGCUCUGAGAUGUUUGCAUAGUAUUUCACACGAUGACGCUCUAGCGUUGCUAGUGAUGGAAGAGAGAGCGAUCUUACGGUUACUUCCGCUUCUAGAGUAUCGAGCGAUGGGUUCUGAUGUUGAGGCCUGUGAAUUAACCGCUAGUUUAAUGCAUACGCUCGCUACGAAGCCACGAUGUGCCGAGGCUCUACUUCGACAACGCACUGUGAGCCUAUGCUCGCUGCUCCAUCGCCGUCAUGCUACGAGUACAGUGAUAGCACGCGAAUGUGUCCACGUUCUGAUGCUGCUAUCUGCCCACCAGCCUAUUCAACUGCAACUCAGUGAAACCCAAGCUGUCCAUGUUGUUGUCAGUAUUUGUGGAGGUAAUAAUGUAUCGAGAAAGUUGAGUCUUCGGGAGUGUGGCGCAGUCACUAUCCGAAAUCUCACGCUCAGCGUCACUGAGCACCAGAUGCUGUUUUAUGACAAGCGCGAGGACCAAAGUGACGGGGCUUCAAAUCAAGUUAAAGAGGUACAGGCAGGAGAUGCCAAUGGAUACGACCGCGAUGCGCCCGUGAGUCUGAUGCUAGAACGACACAUGUUGCACGGGAUUAAGUAUUUCCAAGAUGAGAUCAAGUCUGGCCAAGCCAGUGAGCGGAUUCUGAUGGAAGCGAGCGCUGCUAUCGCGAAUUUGAGUACCAUCAAAGUGCUCCGUGUGGCGAUGGUGCGUUUGGGUGUGGUCUCAACGCUGCUGGAAGUGUUGGCUCGUGUCAAGACUAAAGAACAGAGCACGAUACGCUCUAGAUCAAAGCUGCGACCUAUAGCCUCGAGUUACGCUCUGCUGGGAAGAAUCUGCGCUGCUACGUUGCAUCGCUUAGUGGUGGAAGAAGAGGCCACCGUCGACGCACGUAGUCAAUUAGUCCCCAGUCUAUUAUCCACACUCCGACAAACCGAUGAAGAUCUACAACAAGUACGCUACGAGUGCGAGAAGAUUUCAAUUUUUGAGCCUGUUGAACAAAAGUGGAUGGUGUACGUACUCAAAACUAUCCUCUCAUCUCAGUCAAUGGUCCCGCAACUUGAGAAGAAGCAAAUGCGGACGCUAGGGCUCCCAAAUCUCUGCUUUCAAGACCUCACGUGUACGUCGGCAACUGGAGCGUCUAUACCCGCCGCGAUUAAUGGCAGCAGCAGCAGCAGAAGCACAUGCUCGAACCCUCACAGUGAAGCUGACAAUGGAGAGGAGGAACCUGAUAGUCAGGGAUAUCUACUUCCAGUCAACACGGAGAAGCACGUCAUCAGACGAAUCAACGGAUCCGAUGAGAUCGUUUCCAGCUCGAUUGCUUCCACACUGCCACGCGCGAAAAGUGCAAGUAACAGUGCAAGUCCCAUUCAAACACCGGUUAUUGAUCAACAUGGUCAUGCCAGGAAGUUUAAUCGACAGAUGCAGCUCCUAAGAAGAAACAAUCGUCGCGAGGCAAGCAACUUGCCGCCGGUCUAG